AUGUAUCGUCCUCGGAUGCGCGAACAGGUCGACGAAGACGCGGAAACGCAGGACCCAUUCAACUGCUUUGAAGAGUAAGUUGUUUUAAAGUAAUAUUAUAAACACAUACACCUGGUUUAAUGCAGACUCCCAGUAUUUUUGUCCGAAAUAAUUGUAGCUGUUUCUUUGUUUCAUAUUUACUAGUUACUUCAACGCGUUUUAUGAAGAGCAAACAUCCAACAGAAUUCAAAAUUGUCAGCCGUCUAUUACGAGUGGUAAGUACAUAUAAAGUUGAUUUGUUGUUGAUACUCUAUCACUUUUAAUAAUGGUUGUUUCCUUUAAUUUGUAGGGUCUCAGAGAAAUGAUGCGACAUCGACACGAGACUCAUCUGGUGUGUCAGGUAUCUAUUUUUGAUAACAUUUAUUUUUCAAACAAUUCUAGCACUUGCUUUAUAUUCAGUAAAUUCAACUUGAAACAAAGUUUUAAGUUGAAAAAUUUAAAUAAAUUGAAUAAUUUCCGCAAUAUUUCAUCCUUCCUGACCCUGACCCUGACCCCGACGUUGUGGUCCCGCCAAUCCGCCAUUAUCCUCAGUCCUUGCAAAACUAAAAUGGCUUCUAAGCUUGUGGCUAUUUAUAUCAUUAUAUGCACAAAACGAAGUUAUAAAUGCUUUAACUCUUUAAAUAAUUAAUUUAAAAUAAUGUUGUUAUCAUGUCCUAGUGUUGUGUUCAGGGAGUAUUCUUUCAUAAAUAAACAUAAACUACUUUUAUUGCGUACUGCCUUCGACUUCUUGAUAUUUUAUUUGUUGUUUAUAGUGUGUAUGGCGACGUUUUAAAAUGGCUUUGUUGUAAUUGACUUUAGGAAAUAAUAAUUCAGAGCGGCUAAUACUCGAUCUACAGAAAGAGUGGCCACCGUCAAAAGAACGCUAAGUAGAAUGCAAGAUGUACAAGAAGAAAUCUUGGCAUGUGUCAAAAAAUAAGAAGGGGAACAGAGGCAGAAAAAUUUGAUCUUUCAAACUGCUGCCACACUGUGAGUUUAGUAUUUUUAUUAUUUAUAUUAUGAAAGAGGCACGGGACAAUUGUAUACACAAAGAGCUGUCAGAUAUUAUGCAUGGCAUUAUAUUUUGUAACUUACAUCAUAAUGCCAUUUGCCAUUUAUGACAUUUACGUCUUAAAAUAUUGUUUCAGGAAAACAUCACUCAGCUGCUGGGGAAAUACUAUACGAUUCCCAAUGGAUGUUCCAGAAAAACAGGUUAAUAAUAGCAUGUAUAUUUACAGACUAUUCGGUUAUUUAAAAAUAGUAAUAUAUGUAUCACAACAUAAAAAUAUUUUUAAUACUGGCUGAUAUAUAACAUUUUACCAUUGAUGUUGUUUAUAAUUUCUACCUAUUAUUGCUUACCUUUAGCGAGCUUUGAAGUUAGAGUUUAACAACUCUCCAACAGGCCUCUCUGUCGAAGGGCUUCUACUUCGUUUUAAGAAGUUUGAAAGUUCAAAGAUGUCGUAUUGGAGAAGCGAAGAAAGGAGAAGAGUAAGUAAUAUAUAAGACCUUUAUUAUUUGGCAUUUGCACUUAAUAUUGAAGCUGAUUGCAUGCAUAAACCAGAAUGAGACAUCAACUUCAAUGGCAGACUGAUAUAUCAGACAUAUUUUCGCUUGCCAGUUAGGGAUGUUUGAUAUACCAAUAUACCAAAAAUACCGGUAUUAACCCAUUGAGUGGCGAUGCACCCUGAUGCACCCUACUUUGGUAUUUUACUCUGUCUAACACCAGACAAUUUUACUCAUCAAGAGGAGAACUUUGGCGAUUAAUGGGUUAAAACCAAUGUUGGUAUGACUUUUUUCAGUAUGUACCGAUAUACCGACAUGUCCGAUAUACCAGAAUGUUUCGGUACGAUAUGGCAAAAUAAUCAAUGUUUCUAUUAAAAAUCGCAUUGAAAUGACUGAAAUUCCUUUGAAACAGCUUUGAAUUUAGGGAAAGUUAGUUUGCUGACGGUGACCUCAGAAUGAAAUUUCGUCAAACCUUUUUUCUUCAAGACUUGUUUAGAACCAAACUUGGAGUAGGGUUCGGAUUAGGAUUAGUAUUUAACCCAUUGGGUCACAUUGCACCCUGAUGCACCCUACGUUAGUAUUUUACUCCGUCUAACGCCAGACGAUUUUACUCGUCAAGGGGAGAGCACUGGCGCUUAAUGGGUUAACUUGUGCUUUGUUUUUACUCCUAUCACAGCUUCUUGGAAUUGCAGGAUAUGAAGCCCUGUUACGUGCACCAACAGAGGCAUUAUCAGACAAACUGCUGCAGUUGAUUGGGCAGAAGUACUCUGUCAACACGAACAAAACACAUCUGCAGAAUGAGGUGAUGCUAGCAGUAAGUGACAAUACAAUUCUAUUAUAUUUUAACAGUCCUCAAUUAAGUGUUUUUCAUUUGUAUCUGCAAUUUCCUGCUGGUUUUUAAGUGAUAUAAAAUGUUAACGUAAUGCUUAAAACUGUGAAAACUAAAAGAAUUUUAAAAUUUCAAUUAAUAAGGUUUUAUAUAUACACUUGGUCAAGUGCUCUGGGAAUCAAACCCAGAAACCAGUAUUGGUAUGUAGUGGUCACAAACAUGUGCACUUUUCUGUUUAACCCAUUGAAUCGCAUUGUGCCCUGAUGCACCCUACUUUAUUAUUUUACUCUGUCUAUACGCCAGACGAUUUUACUUGUCAAGGGCACAGCUCUGGCGCUUAAUGACACAGCUCUGGCGCUUAAUGGGUUAAUUAAACCAUUGUUCAAGAUGUCCAUCAACACCAGUUUCAGCUACUUCAUUAUCUGAUCCCAUUCCUUUUAUAUAUUUGAUAGCGUAAAUAUGUCAGAGAAAUGACAGUUCUACGGGCGAAAAAAGAGAAGGAAUUUUGGCAGGCCAUGUACACAUGGAAGACGACAACCUGGCCAAAUGGGCUAUCACCAGAUGAUUGGCGUGAAGUUAGGAGGGAAGACUUGGCUGCCUAUGAUGCAUAAGAAUUAAUGAUUUGAUAAUUCCCUUGCCAGAAUCUUAACAAAUUAAUGAUUUAUUUUAAAAGUUAUUACUCGGUUUCAAAACAGGAUUUUUCUAGAGGACGUAUUAAAUAUAAACAAAAAUACCUCUAGGAAAAUUC